AUGGGCCCACAAGCUCUUGAACGUGUCUUGAAAAGACUGAUAUUUCUGGGUGCUCCAAAAGCAUUUAUCCUUGUCAUUCUUUUGGCAAGUUGGCAGACCUUUUCGCCUUAUUCCGAGGGUGCCCAGUAUGAGGUGAUUGAAUAUUAUGCCGGUGUUGGCCGGAUUGCUCGCUUAAGCUCAGCAUGUGGGUAUCAGUCUACAGCUUAUGAUGUCUUGUACCAACCCGGGCCUUCCAACGCAGCCACAGGUCCAGGGCCAGGUUGUGGGUUGGCCUUACACCUAUUGAUGCAAGGAAAGUUCUCAGAAUUGCUGACGUUCUGGGGUAUUUGCUGCUCCAGUUGGAUCCAUUUAAAUUCUGGUACUUCAAAACGGGACUAUGCAACGCCUAUGGGCUGCGAUGUUCCUUCCGUGGUAUUAGCCAACUUGCUUACAUCAAGGAGCUGCUUUCUGAUCCUCUUUGUGAUUUGCAUGGAAGGAGUGCCCGUAGUGGAAAACCCAGGCUCAUCUUUGAUUUGGCUACAUGAUAGGUUUCAAUGGCUUCUCACCCUACUUGAAAGGGCUGGUUUGAAGAUGUAUCGUCAAAGCUUUUGGAUGCGUGGUUUCGACCAUUUUUCAAUGAAAAGAACAAUUUUGUGGAGCACUAGUCCGGCCAUCAUUGCCUUCAUGCAGUUUGCCCACUUCAAGGGAAAGAAAGACAAGAGCCCAGCUUCCAAAUCAACAACAAGGCGUUACAUAAACCGUUGGGGAGAAGUUGCAUACCAUGGCACAAAAGAUUUGAAGCGAACCCAGAUAUAUACUCCAAAAUUUGCAUCAUUUGUGGUGAGACUUGUCCCAAAGCUGCAUGAACAAAAGCAGAAGUUUCCAGAGGUUCUUUGGCUGUAUAUUAUUCGUGGAAUUGGGGAAUUAUUUCAAAUAAAAAUUGUAUGGUGA